CACUUACACACAUACCGUGGAACGAACGUCGGAUGAGAAGAGCGCCAAAGAGAGGAAAGGAAAAGGAAACGGAGGGGGUUGUUUCCCGGGACGACAGACGCUGCCGCUGGAUUUCCACCUGGAGAUCAGAGAACAGGUAGCAGGAGAGAGAGAGAGAGAAACAGAGCGAUAGAAGGGAGGAACGAAGGAUCGAGAGAGAGGGAGAGAUAGAAAGAGAGAGAGGGGGUGAUCAGUGGUUACCAUGGCGCGUCUGAACUGGUGUCUGGCGGCGGUCAUCAGCUGGGGGAAGUUUCUCUUCUCUUGCUUCUUCCCGCUGCGCUCGAGCAGGAGGGACCAGCCAGAUGAGUUUGAAGGGGUCCACUCCCAUACCUUCCGUGUGAAGGCAUUCAAGAAAGCCAAGUGCUGUGCAGUAUGCAAGCAGGCUGUCACCAAGGAAGGCCUGGUCUGCAAAGCUUGCCGGUUAUCAUGUCAUAAGAAGUGUGAAGUGAAGGUCUCCACUGCCUGCACCACUGCUGCCAACUAUGAGCUGCCUCCCACUGCUGAACUUCCCCUGAAACAUGUAGAGACUCCGGGAUCCACCAAAUCCACCAGAAGUAUGGACUCUCGUCAGAGACCCUCACGGAGCCUGAGUAUGAUCCAGAACCUGGAUGACACGGAGGUGGACCUGGUCUACAUCACAGAGCGGAUCAUCUCACUGUCCUUCCCCACGGGCUCCGACGAGCACAGCUACACCUCCCACCUCAAGGACGUGGCCGCCAUGAUGAGGUCCAAGCACGGAGAGCACUACCUGGUUCUUAACUUGAGUGAACACCGAAAUGACAUCGUCAAGCUGAACCCAAAGGUCAUGGACUUUGGCUGGCCCGAUCAACAUGCACCUGCCCUGGACAAGAUCUGUAGCAUCUGCAAGGCCAUGGACACCUGGCUCAAUGCAGACAUACACAAUGUAGUUGUCCUACACAACAAGGGCAAUCGGGGUCGGACAGGGGUUGUGAUCGCGGCCUACAUGCACUACAGCAACAUCUCUGCCAGUGCUGACCAGGCCCUGGACAGGUUCGCCAUGAAGCGCUUUUAUGAAGACAAAGCCCUGCCAGUGGGCCAGCCGUCCCAGAGGAGAUAUGUACAGUAUUUCAGCGGACUUCUCUCUGGUCAUAUCAAGAUCAACAACAAGCCUCUGUUCCUGCACCACGUCAUUAUGCACGGCAUCCCCAACUUCGAGUCCAAAGGAGGUUGCAGGCCGUUUCUAAAGAUCUAUCAGGGGAUGCAGCCAAUUUAUAUGUCUGGGAUAUACAAUGUUCAAGGUGACAGCUCCACAAGUAUCUGCAUAACCAUAGAGCCUGGCCUUCUCUUGAAGGGAGACAUCCUGCUGAAGUGCUACCACAAGCGCUUCAGGAGCCCGAGCAGGGACGUGAUCUUCAGGGUGCAGUUCCACACGUGUGCUGUCCACGACCUCGCCGUGGUCUUCACCAAGAAUGAGCUCGACGAGACAUUCAAAGAUGACAGAUUUCCUGAGUAUGGGAAGGUUGAGUUUAUCUUCUCAUUUGGACCAGAAAAGAUAAAAGGGCUUGAUCAUCUGGAGAACGGUCCGAGUGUGUCAGUAGACUACAAUACCCAGGACCCCCUGAUCCGUUGGGACUCCUAUGACAACUUCCACAAGCGCUGUGAAGAUGCACCAGACGACGUAGUGCAUACGCAGGGUCCAGUCGACGGCAGUCUCUACGCUAAGAUCCGAAAGAAGGACUCCACCGAGGGCAUUGUUUCCGUUAACGGCCUUCCGCCCUCCGAGCGUGCUCAUCCUCCCCUCCAGCAGGCAGUCGGAGUAGCCAACCACGCGCUUCCUCUCCCUGUCGCCAACCACGCCCUCCCGGUCGCUGACCACGCGCUCUCUGUGAGCAGCGACUCGGGCAACUCCACCGCCUCCGUCAAGACCGAUCGCACCGAUGACCCGCAGUCCCAGCAGGGCGGCGCCGCCGGCGGAGGAAGUGGCAGCGGGGGGGCCUGCGUGAGCCAGCCGCCCGGCGCCGAACCGUCCCUGAGUCCGCGGGAGAAGCGCGAGCUCGAGCAGCUGCUCAGCGGUCUCGAGGGAGGAGGAGGAGCCCAGGGGGGCCGACAGGGGAGCCCAGCGGCCGUCGGGGGUAUCCUCCACCUGGUGCCCGCGCAGGUGCACGUGAACGGGCGUGGCUUGAUCCGCGCCAACACCGUCCCGGCAGCAGCAUCCGCGCGCGCCGCAGACAGCCGGAGCGAAACCGAACGCGAGACUGAUAUCCUUGACGACGAGCUCCCAGAGGCUCCCAACAGCGCCGACAGCCUCGGGACGAUCUCGUCUCUGGACGGACACGAGACGCCAGCCGCCGACAGCCAGGGACACAGCGACUACCAGACUCCCCAGCAGCAGCAACAGCAGCAGCCGCCGUCUGACUCGACCACCGUGGACAUCGAGGGACCGUCGGCUCUCCCAGAUCUCCGGUCCAGCAGGAGAGACAUGCCGGUGCACCAGGUGCACGGCUCGGCCUCCGCGCAGGAGCGUCUGAUCGACUACAGCGACCAGAACGGGGCCAUGUACCGCUCACAGUCCUACGGGGCUGCCCCGGCCAUGGACCCAGGGGCAGCUGCCAGGCUUCUGCCCCAAGCGCCCGAAAGGAGCACGAGCAGCCGCGAGGCCGUCCAGCGCGGCCUCAACGCCUGGCACCAGUACGGCCUGGUGGACGACCCGUUCUUCGGGCCCAUGUCGGGCUUGUCGCGCUUCCCCACGUCGCCGAGCGGCGCCUCGCAGAACGACGUGGAGCAGUCCAUCGAGGCCCUCAACAUGCUCAUGAUGGACCUUGAGCCCACGCAGACGCCUGUACCCAAGUCCCAGAGCGCCCCCCCGGGCGACAACCCGGCUACCUACCAGACGCCCUUCGCCCAGAACUACCCGAGGCCCUCGUACCAGGCGGACCAGGCCAUCCACAGCUACUCGACGGGCUACCCGCCAUCCACCUCGGCCAGCUACGGCCAGUCCUCUCAGAGGUCCUCCCCGGCCUACCCGCCCAUGUCGCCCUCCAUGGAGCCCCACAGGGGGGCUUUCCACUCCCCCACCCACCCACAGGAGGCGUACAUCCACCGGGGAGGUCCCGGGUCCCCGUCCCCCACCCUGCACCACCCGCAACCCCUGAAGCCCCAGAGCGCCUUCACUCCAGGGGGAGGCAGCUCGGUGUGCUACACCCCGGAGCUCCAGGGCAUCUCCCCGUACCCCACCACCCAGAUGAGCUACAGUGCCUCCUCCUCUCCCCUCCCGUCGGUUACCCCCGCCAGGGAGGCUGACCCCGAGGAGGAGAGCCUGAACCUGGAGGGGCUGGUGGCCCACCGCAUAGCUGGGUCAAGGUCACACACAGCAACCCCAGAUGAGUCUGGUUCAUCCAUGCGUCGCCGCACGACCAGCGAGGGUCAGUACCACAACGGUCACGAGGAUCGUCCAGCUCACGGGAAUGCCUCCCGCACCCCUGUCUCGCCAGAGUUUGUUACUGUUAUCGCCUCGAAUCCAGGAGGCCGACCAAGGGAGGUUCACAUGCACAGCUAUCGGGAGGCGUUUGACGACACCCCAGACGGCAGCGGUGGCGCCCCCACCAGCCCAACCCCCAGCGCCGGUGGUGAGGCCCCCCCCUCGACCCCCGCCUUCCCUGUGUCCCCCCUCACCUCGCCACAGACCCCCUACUUCAACCUGUGUCGCUCCCCGCCAGGCUUGGCCAAGACGCCUCUGUCGGCCCUGGGGCUGAAGGCGCAGAGCCCCAACGAUGUUCACAUGCAGCAGAGCAGCUCCGAUUCUGACUCUAGUGAUGAAAUGGAAGAGCCGCGAGGCUACAUUGGGCCCGUGGCACACGUUGGAGGGAGGGGUCUCGGCAUGUCCCCUAGCCACCAGCAUCCCCUGUACCCGUCUGAAGCUAUGGAGAGGGCGGCACCCCCUGCCCACGGCAUCAACCCCCCGCUCUCACCCCUUGGCACCAGCCACCACCCUGAGGGACACUUCUCACAUCCUGACGGCUCCAUGCGAGUGGCCAGUCCCCCUGUCUCUGUGUCCAACGUGGGCUACCCGCCCAACACCACCGAGCUCACGCACCCCCACUUUUACCCCGACCCGCUCGGCUACCUGGAUCCUGAAACGGCCACGGUCAACAUUAUGGGUGUCCAUCGUGUGCCGGGCAGCCCCAACACGCUCCACCGCACCGUUGCCACCAACACCGCCCCCAGCCCCGUCCUCCAGCGCCGGCUAGCCAAUCAGAGCCCAGUCACCGGGCACCGGGUCCCCCCAGCCAAUGGCGGCGACCCCAACAGCCCUGUGCCCGUGCGCCACAUGGGUGCCACCAAAGCGGUGCCCCAGAGCCCCACGAUGGGCCGCCACGCUCAGAGCCCGGGCAGCGCCGGAAGCCUGAGUCCGGAGAGGAGGCCCAGCAGGCAGGCCAGCCCCGACGAGAGGCCCGGCGGGCGCCAGUCCGGCGCCUCUGGAGGUCACCUGUAUGGCGCGGAGCCAGGCUCCCAGCCCAUGCUGCCUGAUAAGAGGCCCAGUGCCACCCCCACUGAGGGCUCCAUGAACAGGAAGAUGUCCUCGCCAGGGCCCAGCGGUGCCAGCACACCCGUCAUGCCCCCGCACGCAACGUCUGAACCUGCCAUUGUCUCCAUCUAUGCUGAUGGACCACCAGACAUCAAGCUCAACGUAAAGUUUGUGCAGGACACAUCCAAGUUCUGGUACAAGCCAGAGAUCUCCCGGGAGCAAGCUAUCUGCGUGCUGAAGGACAGAGAGCCUGGGGCAUUUGUUAUCCGAGACAGCCACUCCUUCAAGGGGGCCUACGGCCUGGCCAUGAAGGUGGCCUCACCUCCACCCACUGUGCAACAGAACAAGAAAGUGGGAGACAUCACUAACGAGCUGGUUCGUCACUUCCUGAUUGAGACUAGUGCUAAGGGUGUGAGGCUGAAGGGCUGUCCCAAUGAGCCCUACUUUGGCUGUCUCUCUGCAUUGGUGUACCAGCACUCCAUGACACCCCUGGCUCUCCCAUGCAAGCUAAUGAUCCCAACCCGAGACCCGAAUGAGGAAGCCAUUGAGUUAGCCACCCCAACAAGCUCCACCAUUGACCUACUGAAGCAGGGUGCAGCCCCUGUCGGUCCCCUGACAGUUUGUCCCUCUUAUGUCACCGUAGGGCCGAAGGUUCCUGAUGAGUCACAGGCAUGCAAUGUUCUGUAUAUUAACUCGGUGGAGAUGGAGUCUCUGACAGGCCCCCAGGCCAUUGCCAAAGCCAUCAGCGAGACGCUGGCGGCCCAGCCACUGCCCAGUGCCACUGUCGUCCACUUCAAGGUGUCCACCCAGGGCAUCACCCUCACCGACAAUCAGAGGAAAAUCUUCUUCCGGCGCCACUAUCCCAUCAACACCGUCACCUACUGUAACCUUGACCCGCAGGACAGAAAGUGGAACAAGACAGAGGGUGGAGCGGCUAAGUUGUUUGGAUUUGUGGCCCGGAAACAAGGAAGCACAACAGACAACGUCAGUCACCUGUUUGCCGAAUUGGAGCCAGACCAGCCGGCCAGUGCCAUUGUCAGUUUUGUCUCCAAGGUCAUGCUCGGCAACCCCAAACAGUGAAGACUGCCCUGGCAGACAUUUUGUUUUUUCUCUAAACUGCGUGUGUUCUUUUUUUCCUCCCACAAAGACACGUUUUUUCAUGCCCUUUUUGUGUGGAUAUAUUUUUUCAUAAAGGUCUCCCCGCCCCCGUCCUUCUUUCGAAGAGAUGGGAAGGAGGAGUUGAGUAAAACUGUUGACUUUAUUUUAUUUUAUUUUUCUUUAAGUUUUCAAGGUGUUGAUUUUUCCUUCAGUGAAGUAGGAGAACAUUCAAGAUGGAGUCUAUGCACGUGCAGGAGAGCUCAGAGGUUUUUCUGGAAGAGGAAGGGGAGAAUACUUCUCCCAGUGGUUCAUCCAGACUUGAAGAGAAUUUAGGAAUUAAUGAGUUUUAAAAGAAAGACAAGUGAAGAAACAAAAAAGCAACAAAGAAUCAUUUUUCAGAUAGAACAACCAAAGGUAGUGUUCAGAACAAGUAUGCCAUUAUUGGACAAUGUAUUCCAUUUUGUUUUGUAAAGGAAUUUUACUUUUAACCAGACUGUCAAAAAAGUACAAAAUCCCUCUGGACAAAAAAAAAAGAUUUUUUUGUCUGUCUCUGUGACUUCUUCUUUCAAAAAGAACAUUGAAAAAAAAAGAAAAAGUAUUCAGUGACGAUAUGCAUGUUCGCUUGCAAAUGGUCCUUAGCUGCUUCUCUAACCCUUCGUUGUUGGUCAAGACUGCUCUCUUUGUAGACACUGGUGGACUCGAGAUUGUAGGAUGCUACCAGGUCUACCGAUCACAACACCUACACACACAGACACCAGUUCAGUUGACCAAACUGCAUAUCAGGAAAAAAAUUGAAAAACACUGUGGUCCAACAUCAGCAAUAAUGUCACCCAGGCCCCAGGCUCAACUAGUCAAACUCAGAAAGAGGGGGAACUGUUGGGGUGGAGGAUUGUGGAUCGGCUGCUCUGGCCUGUAGAUGCAAAAUGUGUGUGACUGCACUGUAUCAGGAUGCAGGUGAGGAUACAAGUCUCAGCUCAUGCACAGAGCCUGUAAAGCAGGAGAGAGAUGUUCUACAGGUCACCUCAUACACACACAGACACACACACACACACACACAGACACACACACACACACACACACACACACACACACACACACACACACACACACACACACACACACACACACACACAAUUACUGUACACACACAGAAAUGUGCACAUCUCCCUAUAAUGACCCACACUGGACACUGGAGGGGUGAACAAUUCAUCGCCUGGAUGGACCAACAGCGAUGCCCCCGCAUGCCGUAGUGCAAAAGUAGCUCCUUUAACCUUUAACCUUUACCCUUCAACCUGACUCAAUGAACUUUACCCCCCAGCCCCCCACUAUCCUCUGAACGCAGAUCACCCCUUUCCCCUGCUGUAGGAAAGAAACAAAAAAAGAAGAAAAAUUGCUAUGGCGACACUGAUCGCUAGAGACUUCAACUGCAUGUGAUGCUACCUUCAGGUUUUUCUUUUCUUUUCUUUUUUACUUCAAAAAAAGGGUCUUACAUCUUGUUGAAGUUCGCUAUGCUCUGUCUUUAUCUUUGUCACACACACACACACACACACAUACUAACACACACACACACACACACACACACAUACUAACACACACACACACAUCAUUUCCUCUCCCGAGUGGAGUUUUAUUUCAGCCAAAUACACAUUAGGCAAUGUCUACCUUUUCUUUCAAGAAAAAACAGAGUUGCUUUCUGUUCACACUGCCCAUUACCACACUUCUUUUAUUCACUGUGUGAGAGCGUGGCUUAAAAAAAGAAGACAACAUAAAGAAAAAACAAUACACAAAGCCCAAUCUUCAUAAGCUAUUGAAAAAAGAUAAACAUGACUAUAAAUAAUGAUGACUACAUAUGUAUUACUAUAAAAAGGUGACUUUAAUGAAAAUAUUUAUUUUUGUUGCUCUCUCUUGCUUUUGGGUUAUUCAUGCAGUAUAUUGAAAUGACAAGAUAUUGUAUAGUCAACAUUCAAAACAUCUGAGACUACAUGGGGGGGAAAUUAUUUUGGUUAAGAGUUUAAAGUCAUGAGUGAAAAAAGACAUCUUGUGUGUCCAGCUGAGAGUCACUUUGUUUUUUGCGUGUGGCCACUGCUCCAUUUUGUCUCAUGUUGAGGUGUUUGAGGUGUGUGAGGGGAAGACAUUCAUGUAUAAAAAAAACACAAUGUUUUUAUUUUUGUUUUUAUGCAUUUUUUUAUUUGUAAUCCAUCAGUUUGUGCCGUUGCAGGAUGAUAACGCUGUCUGUCAGUUGUGUGUGUGAUGGAGAUGGAACUAGAAGUCUGCCAGCUACAGACACUAAUUUGCCCAUCAAGAAUGUCAAGAGGAAGGCACACAAAUGUGUUUGCCAAAGAGGCAAACUCAGAAGAUCCACAGCGUAGGCUACCCCAUCUUUAUAAUUGUAUAGCACUUACAGACUGCCAGUGCCACCCUAGUUAAGUUAAACCAGAAUCUAAACAUGUCCUCAUGACUUUUCUAAGGAGAAGCUACAACAGAUGUCGGUGCAGUUCUUACAUAGCUUCUGUUGUUGGGAUUCAGUAUUGGAAACGGUUGAAUAAUAUCUCGUUAUUAUUAGGGGAAGAGCAGGUGCCAUGGCUGCCAAGAACCUUUGUUGUAGAUCAUGCCGCUAUUAAGCACCAUACUCCAUUCAAAACCACUAUAGCUGUACACAUAUAUGCAGUUUCUUCGCCUUUUUCAUGUAACAAGACCUCAAAGCGAACACAAGAUAACAAAAGAUACUGACUGUCCUUUGUGUAACAUAAAAGUAUGUAUUUAUUUCUGUUUUUAAAUUAUGUUUUGUUUGUGUUUUUUUCACUCACCGGUUGGUCUUCCCCAUAGUCAGGCCCAGUGCUUUGGUGUCAUCAGUGUUACCCAGAAUGCUCUAGACUCGCAGGCGACCCGGCGGACAUUUUCCUCGGAUGUUUGCCUGAAGUCAGUGAGUUGGCUUUGCGAAGAUGAAGUCUGGGGUUUGAAUGUGUGAAUGUACUACUAAGGCUGUACAGAGCUUCUGUGGGAUUUAUGUGUUUUUAUUUUAUUUUAUGUUUAUUUGUGUUAUAAUGCAAUGGCUUUGUUCCUGAGGAGAAAAAAAAAAACAUUAAAGCAAUACAAACCAGUUACAUUAAAAA